AUGCAUUGCAAAAACGCAAAGACUCCAAGAACUACAGCUGGAGAAGCAAAACUGUUGAAAAAGGGAACCCUGGUAAAUGUUUCUCGUCUGAUUCAUCGACCAGAAUGUCAAUUGAUCCUGAAGAAAGUGUUCUCUUUGAGCUGUGUAUUUGAGAUCAAUUCGAUUUUAAGGUUUUUGAAUGAGACUGAUUCUUCAACUCAGCCUCCCAUUUCCACAAAAGAGAGUGGUGAUUUUGAUCCAGCUAAUCUCAAAGUUGAAGUUGAUAAUUUUCUUCCUUUUUUUGUUGACCCAGGGAGCAAUUCUGUUGCUAGCAGUUGCAAGGAAUCAUCCAAAAGUGAUACUGAAGGUUUCAAUUGCAGCUCACACAGCAAGUUUGAUGGCGAGCAAGGUGAAACAAGGGACAUUAUUGAGGAGCCUGCAAAAAGCAAUGGCAAUUUGGGAGAUGAUAAUACACCACUUUAAAACGGUGCUAGUGUAUCAAGGCUCAGAGCUAUCAUGCUAGUGAUGCUUUUCAGCUUAAGACACUAGCUCUUGGGAGAAGCUUUGAUUGAUUUGGUGAAAGUGUGGCAUGCUUUACUGCCUAAUGGUCAUAUAAUUGUGGCUUCUGCUUUCUUACUUAAGAAGUCCUUUGCUGGUUUCUUUUACGAAACUACACUGAAGAAGCAUUCUUAUUGAUGCAACUGCCUUGGUAAAAUAAAUAGAUAGAGUUAAUAAACAAAUUUAACUUCAAGGUAAAAUUCAAGCAUAUAAUAGGUUUCAUAUGCAUUACAAGAACACUUUUUCCAUUCACUUUUCUUGAAGAAAACUGAUAAAUGAAUUUGUCAUUUUAAGUUUAAAAUUGUCUGUUCUUCACCAUUUGGUAUUAAUUAAAAUAUAACUUGCCACCCAUUGAAAGUGUGCCCGUGGUGAUGAUCAUUAUGCACAUUAAUUAAUUAAUAUUAGUUAAAGGCAAACCUGCUUUUGUUAUUAAACAGAUGCAGAGUUUGUCAGAUUUCUGGGCUAUCGAUUUGAGAAUGAUUUCCUUGAUGAUGAUGAUGACAUAUGUGACAUAUUCAGUGGACAAGAGUACUGCAAACUAAUGCAGCCUGGUGGCAUUCUCAGCAAAGACAACCUGCUGAACAUUUCGUUCUCAUUCAAUACAGAUGGUGUUGCACCCUAAAAGUCAUCCAACAAACAAAAUUCCUGGCCUAUUUCCUGGUCAUCAAUGAACUUCCUCCUAGAGGUAAGAAUUCUGGGAAAUCAUUACACUCUAAUUAGUAAACUUUCAGUUUGAAUUCUUAUGACACACAUAGACAUUCCCUCGUAAGUUAUAAGUUGAGACUUUCCUCUUAAUUAGUUUACCAUGUAAUGGGUUUGGAGUCAUUAAAACCAGAUAGCACAAUUAAUUACCAUCUUUACAGUGUUAAUGGUUUUUCAAAAAUUGCUACCAUCACAUGUUAAAAACAUCUUGGAGCUGCCUGCUAAGCAUGUAAAACUGAAAACAGCUUUGAUAUGCAUGCCAAUGUGCAAUCUGUCUGUUUUAGUUUCUGCAAUGUAGGUGUUCUAGAAAGUACAUGUUCCUUGGUGGUCUCUGAUGUUCCAAGAAAAAACCUUACAUGCAAGCACUUUGUCGGCCAAUAAUUGAAAGCACCAGUGACCUUUACUGCAGUGGUAUGAGUACUGUUAGACACUAACAAUAAAUGCACAUAUCAUAGAUUGAAUUCUCCAUUGCACAGAAUCUUUUGGUGAUAGUAGUGAGUCCAAAAUUGCCUUAAAUAACCACUGUUCUUAGAAAUACUAUGGUCUGUGAUAACUUUAUUUCCAAACGAACUCCAUGACCCUCCAGUUUUUUUACCUUUCUGACAUAAACUUAUCAUUGUCUAACUGCAGCCAAAGUUUAAUAGAAGUCUGUACAUUUGAACAUUAUGGGUGCAAACACCCUUAAGGUGUUUUGUUGCUCUUACCAAAAAAAGCAAAGCACCCUACAUCACCACCUUUCAACCCCACUGAUACAAACUUUCAGGGUUCUUUCAAGAAGGGCUUCAAGCAGGGGACCCAAAAAUGGCUAACACCAAUCUUAUGAGGCAUGCCACUAGGACCUACAAAUGGUAUCCUAGCAAUCUGCUAAAAGGAAACCUGAGUAGAUAUCAAACUCUGACUUCAGAGCAUAACAGGACAGAAAGUAACAUUCCAUUUCACUUUAAAGGAAACACCAUUGAAUCUUCUUAAUGUCUUAAGUUGCUAGGAGUUACCAUAGACGAACAGUUGAAUUUUGCUGCUCUGUGUUUCAAGAGGACGAAACUCCUGGCUGGCAAGCCAGAAAAUCCGUUGCAUUUAUAUUGCUUGUGCAAAGGAAGAUCAGGACUCCAGUAACAGGAUCUUCCAGUGGAAGAAGUGUGGCAACAGACGGCAUGCGAAAAGUGACAGCAGACGAUGGAGAGAUAAUGAGCAUCAAAAAUAAAAAAGUAACUAGGUGUGAUGCUACGGCUUGGUGAGUAGUGAUUUAUAAUUUACUUUAUUUGAUGUUUGUAUUAAGCAGUUUAUAAGGAUAAUUUAUGCUUAUUAUUAAGCUUAUUGCUUUGGAGAAGAGAAGAGCUAAAAUAAAAGGCAAAAUGAACAAUACUCUGAACACUUGUUAGCACUCGAGUCUACAUAAUAAUUAUUUGGAGGUGAAAUCUUCGAUAGUUUAUGUAUAUUUGUUAAUAAUUGGCUUCUUUAUCAUGUAGUGCUGAACCUGCUGCUCGUGAGGAGCUAGCAGAGAUGAGUGAUGGUGAAGAUGAUGAAAAUGGAGAUGAAGAAGGAGAUGUUGAGUACUCUGUUUCUGAAUCAUGUGAUAAAAAGGAAAAGAAAGUAGGUAGAAAAGCAAAAUGGUCCCAGCAGAUGUUAGAUAAUACUGUAGAUUUUAUAAUAAGUAGUAAUUAG